AUGGCGCAACCGUCACCUGCCUUACUCGACACCCUGGAUAUCGUGUUCCUUGGUACCAUUGGUCUCGGUACCAUUGCCUGGUUUGCUCGUCGCCAGAUUGCUGAAAAGAUUUUUGGAUCAAAGGAUCAGGAUGCUUCUGCAAAGCUAAAUGGGAAUGGCCAGGCAUCCGCCCCACCUAAACGAGAACGUAACUUUGUCAAGGUCAUGCAAGAGCAGGGUCGCAAAGUCAUCUUUUUCUAUGGCUCACAAACCGGUACGGCUGAAGACUAUGCAUCACGUCUCGCCAAGGAAUGUCAGCAAAAAUACGGUGUGAGCUGCAUGACGGCCGACAUUGAACUGUACGAUCUGACGUACUUGGACACGGUACCUGAAGAUUACCUUGUGUUCUUUAUCAUGGCCACCUAUGGUGAAGGUGAGCCUACGGACAAUGCCGUUGAUUUCUGGGAACUUGUGACCGAAGACGAGCCUCAGUUUUCGGAGGGUGAUGCAUUAGUCGAAGAACUUGCCGAAUAUGAGUCGGAAAACAUCUAUCUGGGUGAAAUUGGCGAAAAGUUAAAGGAGGGCGCUAAAAUCGUAUACGAUGCAAAGAGACCUUACAAUGCACCGAUCACUUCGCGCGACUUGUUCCACAAUACGGAUCGCCACUGUCUGCAUAUUGAAGUGGAUGUUUCCGACUCCAACCUGAGCUACCAGACGGGCGACCACAUUGCCAUCUGGCCCACCAACAGUGAUGACGAAGUUACACGUCUGGCCUCCAUUCUCGGUCUGGCCGACAAGCUCGAUAUGCCCGUGAUGGUGAAAGCUAUCGACUCGACCGCAUCCAAGCAGUACCCCUUCCCUGCCCCUGCCACAUACCGUUCCAUUUUCCGCCACUAUCUCGAUAUCUGCGCACCUGCAUCCCGACAGACCUUGAUGUCAUUGGUCGAGUACGCGCCAAAUGAAGAAACCAAGGAAACGUUGCGCACAUUGUCCAAGGACAAGGACGAGUACCGACUCAAGGUGGGCGAGGCUGUCCGCAACCUGGGCGAAGUGCUUGAAUUUGCAGCCGGCAGUGAAUCGCGCCCUGGCUUUUUCUCUACUGUGCCUUUUGAUUUGAUCGUCGAAAGCAUAUCGCGUCUCCAGCCGCGUUAUUACUCGAUCUCGUCCUCGGCCAAGGAGUCCCCCAAGUCAAUCGCCGUCACUGCGGUCACGCUCACAUACAACCCUGAUCCUACGCCUGAACGCACCGUCUAUGGUGUCGCCACCAACUACUUGUGGCAAAUGCACGCUGCUACACACAACGUUGACGAUGGUCAAAAGUAUCCCGUCUAUGAUUUGGCAGGUCCGCGCAAUGCUUUGCAGGGCGUCAAGGUCCCCGUCCAUAUCCGUCGAUCGCAGUUCAAGUUGCCCCGUAACCCCACUGUGCCUGUCAUCAUGGUUGGUCCUGGUACCGGUGUUGCCCCCUUCCGUGGUUUCGUACGUGAGCGUGCUGCUCAAAAGGCCGAGGGAAAGCCUGUGGGCCCUACCCUGUUGUUCUUUGGCUGUCGCAACUCACAGCAGGAUUUCCUCUAUUCUGAAGAAUGGCCUGGCUUAUUCGAAACCUUGGGCGAAGAGUCUCGCAUGAUCACGGCGUUCUCUCGUGAAACACCGCAAAAGGUGUAUGUCCAGCACCGAUUACAGGAGAAUGGCCAGGAGUUGUGGAACUUGUUGCAAAAGGGCGCGUACAUCUAUGUUUGCGGUGAUGCAAAGAACAUGGCGCGUGAUGUGAACCAGACGUUCGUCAACUUUGCCAUCGAGUUUGGCGGUCAGUCUGAAGAAAAAGCUCAUGAUUAUGUCAAGAACCUCAGAAACAGUGGCCGAUACCAAGAAGAUGUGUGGAGCUAA